CCGCUUGUUCUCGCUGCGCAAACGACCUCGUCAGAUCUUGCCAUUUGUAAAGCUUGUUUGUUUUGUUUUAUUUUAUUUUCGUCAGUCUUAUCAGAUCGAAUACUUAUUUUUUUCCCUGUGGAUUUUAUUUUACCUUUGGAAAUGUAUAUAUAUAUAAAUCGACAGGACUGCUUCGUAGCGGGAGGGAUGCUGCUCGCCGUUCUUCUUUGUUUAUUUGACUGCUCCGCCGCUCAGCUCUCCUUCUCAGUUUCCGAGGAAGUGGACAAAGGAACCGUGAUAGGAAAUCUCGCGAAGGAUUUAAAUAUUGUUCCCCAGCAGCUGGAAGAGCGUGGAUUUCGGAUUGUAUCUCUGCUCAGUAAGAAAUAUUUUGAAGUGGAUUUAAGGACAUGCGCUUUGUUCGUAAAUGAACGGAUCGACCGCGAGGAGCUCUGCCCCAAUACGCCCAAGUGUUCCUUAAAUAUCGAAGGGCUCAUCAGCAGUCCCAUGAAUAUUUACCGGAUUGAAGUCAAUGUUCUUGACAUCAACGGCAAUGCUCCGCAAUUCCUGGAGCAAAUACACGUCUUUAACAUCUCUGAAUCCUCCUCAGCGGGGGAGAGAUACCCCCUCCCCGCAGCGCAUGACGCAGACACAGGCAUCAAUUCAGUGAAAACGUACAAAUUAAGUCCCAAUGAUUUUUUCUCCAUAGAUGUGAGUACAAGUCGAGACGGUUUGUCUGCAGAGUUGGUGUUGCAGAAAGCUUUAGAUAGAGAAAAACAGCCUAAUGUGAGACUGAUUUUAAUUGCUGUACGCUCUGGUACUAUGCAAAUUAUUGUUAACGUUGUGGAUGUUAAUGACAACACACCUUUAUUUAGCAAAUCACUUUAUAAAGUCAGUGUACAUGAAAACGAAUCUGUUGGCACAACCAUCCUGACGUUAAAUGCAACUGACUUAGAUGAGGGAUCAAAUGCAGACAUCAGAUACACCUUAAUGAAAAGAGGGAACGUGGACUCUCCUGAAAAAUUUUAUGUCGUUCCAGAGAGUGGUGAGAUCGUUCUGAAGACUCCUUUGAAUUAUGAGGACAACAAUGCGUAUGAGUUAAGAGUGCAGGCAUCAGACAAAGGAAGCUCUCCCCGCAGUGGGUAUUCUAAAGUGCUGAUAGAAGUUGUUGAUGUGAAUGACAAUGCACCAGAGAUCACCAUAACAUCCGUGAUGAGUCCAGUUAAAGAAAAUGCAGAAAUUGGAACCGUUGUUGCUUUGGUUACUGUGACAGAUAAAGAUGGAGGACAGAACGGAGUAACGACUUGUACAAUUAAGGAUAUCCUCCCUUUUAAAUUAACGACAAAUUACAAAAACUAUUACUCCCUAAUAGUUGACGGGUUGCUUGACAGGGAGAGAGUAGCAGAAUACAAUGUUACAAUCGUUGCUGUUGAUGCAGGGAGUUCACCCCUUUCUGGCACUGCUGUAAUCCACGUGCAAGUUUCUGAUAUAAAUGACAAUGCACCUACUUUUUCAGAAGUAGCUAUGAAUGUAUAUGUGACAGAGAAUAGCCAAGUGGGGAAUGUAAUAGCAAAAGUAACGGCGCAGGAUGCAGAUAUAAAUGACAAUGCAGAUAUAACAUUCCUAUUAGCUGAAAGUAAUUCUUGGAAAACUCCUAUUUCAUCAAUGUUAAAUAUAAAUUCCAAAAGUGGAGAAAUUAUGUCGAUGCAGUCUUUUGAUUAUGAGGUGUUGAAAACAUUCCAGUUCAAAGUUCAGGCCACAGACUCUGGUGCUCCUCCGCUCAGCAGCAACGUGACUGUGAACGUUUUUGUUCUGGAUGAAAAUGACAACAGUCCCUCCAUUCUUGCUCCUUACUCUGAGCACGGCUCCGUUAACAGCGAGAACAUCCCAUAUUCUGCUGAAGCGGGAUACUUUGUGGCAAAGAUCAGGGCUGUGGACGCAGACUCUGGAUACAAUGCUCUGCUUUCUUAUCACCUGUCUGAGCCCAAAGGAAACAACCUGUUCCGGAUCGGAACCAGCAGCGGGGAGAUCAGGACUAAGAGGAGAAUGAGCGACAAUGACCUGAAAAGUCACCCCUUGCUGGUGCUGGUUUGUGAUCAUGGAGAACCUUCUCUGUCAGCUACUGUGUCCAUUGAGGUGGUGGUUCUGGAAAGCAGCGCUGACAUGCAGACUCCGUUCAGACACGUGCCUCUAAAGGAGGACAGCUUCUCGGAUUUGAACCUGUACCUGCUGAUCGCCAUAGUGUCGGUGUCCGUCAUCUUUCUGCUGAGUCUCAUCAGUUUGAUGGCUGUCAGAUGCCACAGGACAGACGCAAGUUUCAGCAGGUACAGCGCUCCAAUGAUCACCACCCACCCUGACGGGAGCUGGUCUUACUCCAAAGCUACUCAGCAGUACGACGUGUGUUUCAGUUCGGAUACUCUCAAGAGUGACGUGGUGGUUUUCCCCGCACCGUUUCCUCCUGUAGAUGCAGAACUGAUCAGUAUAAACGGAGCCGACACUUUUACCAGAACUCAGACUUUACCCAACUCGGAGAAGGUAAGAACAUCAUUUUUAUAAAUCGCUUUAAAUCUUUACUUCAAAUAAAACAAUUACUUUUUUUUUUUAAAUUUUUGGGGCAAUUCUGUUUGAGCAUCCUAAUUCAGUUUAUUUUUUAAUACCUUAAAAAAAGUUUGUUUAUGUAGAAUUCUGAUAAUAAAUCAAAGAAUACACUUUUGACAAGUACACAAAAACAUGAGACAUGAUUUGGACUCUGGGUUUUAAGUGAAACAUCUUCUACUGAAAACUAGAGCUCAAAGUACAAAUGUUUUGCUCUAAGAAUAAAUAGGAAUAUUGAUAAUGCGCAAUACAGUGCCUCUACCCGGCAAAAGUUUAACCAUUUCACUUGCA